CCUUCACUGCCAAUUCCUCCACUCAACAUACUCUGUUUUCCCCUGUUCUUUUCCUGUAGAAAAAAAAAACAGAACAGUUGAAAUGGGUAUCUGUACAUCUUCACCAUUGAUGACAAAACAAAAUGGAAGCAUAAUGAAUUUGCCAGUUACUAAAGUAGCCAUGGUGAUUCAGAUGAACGGAAAACUUCAAGAAUUCCGGCAACCCAUUACCGCCGGCGAUAUCCUUAUCCAAAAUCCUGAUUUCUUCCUUUGUAGCUCAGAAGCCAUGAAUGUCGAUUCAUUAGUUCCUCAAUUAGCCAAAGAUGAAAUCUUGCAGCUUGGUCAGCUUUAUUUUCUUUUGCCGGUUUCUAAAUUACAAACCCCACUUUCACUUCAAGAUAUGUGUCUACUUGCUGUUAAAGCAAGCACAGCUCUUAAUGACUAUUGUAAUUUGUCCAAUAUAGUAACAAGAAAAUUCAAGAAAAUGCACGAUUGUAAGGAUUUGAACCUGAGACCUCAAGUUUACGAGUCAUCUUUGCCACUACAGUAGUAGAAGUUCUUCUUUCCGGAUUCAAAAUUUAUAUAUGCGUCAUAUCAUUUAAAAUGACCAAGGAUAUAUGUCGGUGAAAAAUUAUAUGUAAUUUUCUUCGAUUUAAUCAUUUGGUAUUUGUAACUCGCUUGUAUUGGCUUGUUUAGGUAAGCACGCUAAGGAAAAGUGCUUCCUUAUCGAGAAAUUUAUCAUCUCAAAGAUUUAUUUUGAAUUAUUUAGUUAAGAAUGGAGAGAUCUUACGUGUUUGGUAUUAAUUAAUAGCAUGUAGUUCUGUAUAUGUUGAAAUAGAAUGGAUGGUAGGCAUUUCCACAUGUCCUACAUGUAUAUUGUAACACAAA